UUCGAAAACAUAUGCUGCAUUUUAUAUGCAGCAAAAACGCUGCAUUAGUAGAAGGUGGAGACGUGGAUUUAAGAACAUGCUGUGCAAAAAUGGGGUUGGCAAGGUAAUUUCAAAACCCAAGUCGCAAACCUUUUACAAUACUGCCAACCAAACGCGACAACGUUUUAAAAAUUACAAUUUUGUUUGAAACCGACCGGGAGCCGCGAAGAGCUUUGUUUUAUUUAUAGCGAAGAGUGUGUAAAAAUUUAAUAAUUUAUGGAUUUCAGCUUGCAACCUACACCGAACAAACCAUCUUAGAAUUACAACCUGGCAUAUGCGGCCCUAAUUCCUAGGAUACAGCCACGAAUCCAGAAUACAAGAAAAAAAUUAUUUUUUUGUCAAAAAAACAUUUUUGAGAAUGAAUGCAGUAGCAUUAUUUGUGCAACCGCAAUCCACAAAUGAAUUGCCAGACAGCUGUUAUAGAGACCCAAAACAAAUUCGGACUUGCGAUUACACGAAAAUAUCAAGUAUUAUAUCCUUUGUGCAGGAUGAGCAUGCUGCGUACAAAUUCACCGUUUAUCGUUGCGCUUCUAAGGUGCUGAGCAUACAAAAACUACUGUUUACUGCCGACAUACCAUAUAAGCUUGUACAAGCUUUAAUGGAUCGAUACAAAAUACUUGACGUAGAUGCCAAUUUCAUGGUACCACCGUUUCAAUUGACAACAUUUAUUCAUGAUCUUUACUAUGCUUGCGAGACUCUGGGACAUUUUAGUAAAUCAGCAACAUAUCGUAUUGAAACUGCUACAAGUGUUUUAGCAACUUUCUUUUGGAAUAUAUUCGACCCAAAUCGUCGUCACUCUAUUUCGGCGUUGGAAAUCAAGGUUAUGUUCCUGUUGCUUUGCAAACAUUAUAUUACUUUGGAAUGGAGUGUUGAAUUUUAUAACUUGUUGCAUGAUAAAAAAACUAGAUGCAUAUCGAAGAAGAACUUUGAAUAUUUGUUAGAUAUCUUAAUAAAAGCCUUCAGUUACAUAGGGGAAGAAAAUGCAUAUGGUGGUCAAAAUAAAAAUCUGGUAAUGGAUCAGUGUUUCGCCAAGUAUCCAAAUUCAUACGGCUUAACCGAGCCGCAAUUCAAAAACUUAUGGAAUGAUAAGCAUACACGUUUCAGUAUUUACACCAAUCUAAUAAAGUUAAUCAAGCGUAUGCAAGACACCGAAAAAUUAAUACACAGCAACAUUUGUGCAGCUUGCUGUACCCAGAUCAUUGGGAUUCGUUUUAAAUGCAGGACGUGCCAUAAUUUGUCGCUGUGUUUUUCCUGUUUCGCUACCGGAUAUGUAGUAAACAAACAUGAUGCCAGGCAUCGAAUGUACGAAGUGUUCACAGAGGAUGAACCAGCAAAACGAAUAUCAAAUUUCUUUUCUAAAAUUUGCAAUAUUUUUAAAAUGGAAAAGCAAACACAAGAAGAUACGAGGGGCUUUUGCAAUACAAAUGAAUCUGCGAUUGUUGACGACACGGAAGUGGAAAUGAUAACAACUGAGAGUACACUUGCCACUGAAGCAAAAACCACGGAUAUUGAUGCCAGAGCUGAUACAAUUGAAACUUCCAUUGCAGGUCUCUCCACUAGCGCCUCAACUGCUUCAAAUGUGUCUGAACAUUUACAAUCUAUUAUCGACAGACUAGUACAACAGAAUUUGAAACUUGAGAAACAAAUCAAAUACGUAAAGGUAGCCAGCAAUCAAGAAAUUGCUAAUUUUCUACAAUCACAUCAGCAGUUCUUAAUUGGCAUUAUCAAUGAAAUGAGAAGAUUUUCGCAAAUAUCAAAGUCUUUAAGUUCAUAUCCCACAUCAAGCACGCCGAAUCGUUCGAUUUCUGAGAAAACACAAACACAAGGAAACGCAAUUGCAGCAGACAACUUUUGCGAGGAGGGCAGUACUUUAACGCAUUCGAUAAAUGGCGCCGAUUUAAAUCGUAGUUAUUUGGAUGCAAACAAAUCGGAUGCUUCAGUUAAUGACCUUAGUACAUGGUUUAAUCAGCUAAGAGCCUCUGCUUCACUCCAAAUGUCAAUUGGCUUCGAGACAUUACCAAAAAUUGAGGGCGGUUUGGAAAUAGUAGAUUUACGAGACACCGAUAUGAUAAAUUUCAAGGUGCUAUUAAAUAAAGUUAAAGAGAUUGUGGAGGACUCCUUUAGUGAUAAUACUGAACUGGCAGCGGCUACACAGAACCUGGAAAAUGUUUUAGAUAGUAUUGUUAGAAAUGAGGAGAGACGGAGAAGUAGCUCCUGAGAAGGCUUUGGAUAGCGUAGACCUUUUUUGGCAUUCAAAACUUCAUCAACCAAAAGCUGACGAGUGUGUUCGUUUGUAAACAAAUAUAAGUUAAUAGUAAAAAUGCUGUUAUUGAUCAAAUGUAAAAAACUUUCACAAAUGUGUGAAAAUAUAUUGGUAAUUGCAAUUUUUAACAUUUUUGCAGUUUACGAUCGCACGAACUUGUAACGAAGGUAGUUCGUAGUUUUAAAAACAUAUUUUAAAACUGCAUUGUAUAUAUUAAAACAAAUGACAAUUUAAUUAAUUGAAACUCUAUAUUAACAUUGAUAUACACCGUAGUAUUUUCAAAAAUACAUAUGUACAUCGGUUUUUAAAAUUGCGCUCAAUAAAUAUUUUUCGAAACCUUUUUUCGAUCUC